CCAGAGGAACAACUGCCCAGAACAUGUGUGGUAGAGUGGCUGUGGUGGUGCUGGCUGUGGUGGCGGCGGUGGUGGCUGAGCCAGGCUUCAAGUUUGGUAAAGGAAGAUGUCACCCGCGGGUGCACUACAAACCUCACUACGUCACACACUACCAGAAGGUGCCGGUCUACCACACUGUCUACAAGGAACAUGUCGUCCCUACCACCAUCUACCACACAGUGUACAAGACACAGUACCAGAACGACUACCACACAAAGUACGUUCCCAAGUACGAAACUAAGACCGUCUACGAGACCAAGGACGAGCGCGUACCUCACUACGAGACCAAAUACGAGACCAAGUACCAACCCCAUUAUGCUACCACUACCCAGUACGUUCAAACCUACGUCACCAAGAACCAGUACCAGACACAGUACCACACCACGUCCCAGUACCAGACCGUGUAUAGUACUAACUAUGUGCCACACUAUGUGACCACGACCCAGGUCCAGUACCACACCCAGUACCAGACCAAACAGGUACCAGAGUACCACACGGUGACCAAGACCAAGCAGACCUACCAGACCGUCUGCCCACAACCAUCUUAUGGCUACCACUGAGGACCUGACAACAACCACACACCAACCUGCCACAGUGUCUUCCUCACUUGUCUUCCUCAGACCAAAUACGAUUUUUAAUGUUAAUUUGUUUUAUGUUAAUUGAGGUUAAAUAAAAGUAUAUUUUGACCCA